CGCCAGCUACAAAAGGCAGCGCGCCGCCCGCCCCGCGCCCGCCCGCCCGCGCCGACUCUCCUCUCCUCUCCUCUCCUGCCUGCCCGGCUCGCCCGCCCGCCCGCGCGCUCCUCCCGAGCCGGAUACAUAAGCCUGGUCGCGCUUGCGCCACAGCCUGCAACUUUGGAGACACCUGGGCCACCAACAUCGGAUGUACAGUGCCGCGCGUGGGUUUUGGGUCGUUUUUGCUUUUGCUUUUUUUUUGUUUUGUUUGAGCAGUUGAUUCAUUCACUGCUGCUGCUUGUCCAAAGGUAUCAUCCCCCCCACACACACCUUUAAAGAAAUAAUAAUAAUCCGGCAUUAAAAUAAGGAAGCCACCAAAAUGCCAGCUGAUACCCUGGAGAAACCGACUGCGUCCCCCAUUGCAGGCGCUCCGGCCAGCUCCAGCCAGACCCCAGACAAACCGAAGAGUGCCAGCGAACACAGAAAGUCUUCCAAACCAAUCAUGGAGAAGCGCCGCCGUGCCAGGAUUAAUGAAAGCCUGGGCCAGCUGAAGACUCUCAUCCUAGACGCCUUGAAAAAAGAUAGCUCCAGACACUCAAAGCUGGAAAAAGCCGAUAUUCUAGAAAUGACAGUCAAGCACCUAAGGAACCUCCAAAGAGCUCAGAUGACAGCUGCUCUGAGUGCAGAUCCUACUGUUCUGGGCAAAUACCGGGCUGGAUUUAAUGAAUGCAUGAACGAAGUCACCCGUUUCCUCUCUACCUGUGAAGGGGUGAACACGGAAGUCCGCAGCCGGCUGCUGGGCCACCUCUCCACUUGCCUGGGUCAGAUUGUGGCUAUGAAUUACCCUGCGCCGCCGCCGCCAGCCACAAGUGGACAGCCUGCGCAUCUGGCUCAGCCUCUGCAAGUUCAGUUGCCGGGCCCAUCAGCAGGAGCUGGGGCCAUGCCGGUGCCAUGCAAGCUGAACCCCGCAGAAACCCUAUCCCCAAAAGUCUACGGGGGGUUCCAGCUGGUGCCAGCGACCGACGGCCAGUUUGCUUUUCUCAUCCCUAACCCUGCAUUCCCUCCGGGUGCAGGGCCUGUGAUCCCACUGUAUGCCAAUGCAAACAUGCCGGUUUCCGCUGGCGGUUCAACUGCACCUCCUUCCAUGUCCCCGGUGCAAGGGCUCACGUCCUUUGCAGGGAGCUUAGCACCAGUCUCCCAAGCGGGCGGAGAGCGUAGUGAAACGGUCUGGAGACCAUGGUGACUCUUCUCUGGCACCUCCUUCUCCCCGUACCACAAAAGACUCUGAAUUUGGUUCCGUUGCAGGGAACCUGGACUUAAUUUUUUUGUUGGUUGCAUUUUUUUUUCAAUCUAUUUAUUCAUUUCCAAAGGUUGGGACUUCAGUUUGCAUUUUUACUCUGCUUUUUAAUUCAAAACAAAACAUGUUAUGUGAAAUACUUCUGUGAAAUACUUAUCACAACCUAAGGAAAGUUUUAGUUUUGUAUCAAAUAUUCCCAUAUACUAUGCCAAAGCAUUUUUUGUGAGUUUGUGUAUGUCUGAGAUUUUGUUUUUAAAGAAUGUUGGAAGAUGUUUGUACAAAUAAACCCUUUCUUGAAGUA